AUGGUCAGCGUUUGUUCUAUGCAGUACGUCAAAUUGAGCAAGAUUCGACCUGUCCAAGACAUGCCCGCAGUGAGAGACGCGACAUACAGUGCCGAAGCGGCUUAUUUAUGUGACGAUAAGGAAGGCAGUGAUAUAAAUUCCAUAAUACUGAUACAACUGGCAAUCCAUACUGAUAGCGUUCAUUACCGAAAGAAAAAUAAAGCUGUCGUCGCAUACUUGUCAUUGACAGACCUCUUCUCGACAUUUCAUGUGAGUGUUGUUUUAUUGUUUUGGAAGGAAAAUUUGAUGGACAGUUGUCGGUCUGCAUGCAUUUGCAUCAUCUCAAGAGCUUGA